UCAUAGCAAUCGUAACGAACUUUCAAAGCAUGAUCUAAAUUCGCUUUCGAAUCAUUUAAAAAUAUCAAAUUUCAAAUGAUUUCGAUUGCUCAGUUGCUGACCUCUUUUACGGCCGGAGCCUUGGCCUCUGCACAGGCGAUUCGUUUUCUAAAAACUGCCAACGAGGAGGAGUCGCCGGCCAAAAUUUCAAGCCAGCUGGAAACUGCGGUCAUCGAUGGACUGGCCACCGAGCAACCGAAGAUCCUGGGCUCCGAACAGAUCAGCAAUGUCAUGCAGCACAUUCUGAGCAGCGAGCGCAAUGCGAGUGGCGUCUACUUGGACGCCAUGCACAACCGAAGUGCCAAUAAGCAGGAGUACGCUCUGGGCUCCGAGUCGCUCAACCAAAUGCUGGAGGACAUCAUGACCCCCGCCGGGAGUGUGAGCAGCAGGUCCUUGUCCAUGGAACCCGCCGUCGAAGCCUAGAAGUUUCUAAAACUAUUUUUAAAAAAUACUUUCUUUUUUCUCUGCUUAGAAUCAAAUGAACCUGUGAGAUUAGGCCAAC